GUAAUGUAGAAAACUAAGUGUAGUUUGAGUGAUCAACGAACAUCGGUUCCAUCGCUGCCUGUUGCAGAUACGUUUGCCACGUAUAAUAAUCGUUUAUCUACCUUUUACAGACUCGAACAAAUCCACUCCUCCAUCAAAAAUGAAGAUUUUCACAAUACAGCCAGAAUCUGGCACCGCUGGAUUGAUGUCACGAACGCUCUCAUUCCCACUGGCGACCAGCGACGAUAUUGAGUGUCUGGAGCAGUACGUGAAGAGAUCGACGGAAAUAAAAAAACAAUAUGAAUCAAUAUUGCUGCGACACUUGCUGAAGGCAUCCCUAAAGCCAGCGUUUGCCCUAUUGCGCAUCUUCACGGAAGAGUCCCUAGCGGACUACAACUACAGUGGCCACUGUAACUAUACGCGGGACAAGAAAAAGGCGAUGAAAAACUACACAAUAUUUACCAACUGCAUUGAGUCUGCCUGGUCGAAUGUGUUACCGGAAGAACUGCGCUCCAGAGCCGUGCGGGACGUGAUCGCUCUCAUAGGAAAUCGGAAGCGAAUGCGACGACUGAAGCAAAGGAAAGCGGCUAAACAGUUAUAGGCCAACCCGUAAACAUCGACAGUUGGCAUAUUUACAAUUAUUUUAGGAUCGCUUUUUGUUUGUCCUCAGGAUCAUGCGCAGACAGAGGCGCCGCCACCCUGCCAGUGUUGUAGUAGAGCGGUGUAAAAGUGAAAAAAGGAAACAUUAGGAAUAUUUUUAAAAUAAAUAUGACGACAAAAAUGUAUAACAGGGGUUUUGUACUCUAAAUAUGUAGGCUACGAAGUGUCUCCGCACUUAAUUCAU